AUGGCAAGAAAACCAAAAGCAUGGAGGAAGAGAGAGUAUGUCAGGAGGUCCAAGUUAGACCUAAAGAAGUCCUUGCCUGAUGGAAGGAGGAAGAAGAGAAAAGUCAUCCCAAGGGAAUUAGGUAAUCGCUGUGAAGGUCGCAAUGGGGGUGAUGCAUUUGUAUCGCGGCUGGAGCAUGAACAAAUGCAUCCUGAUUUCAGAUUUUCGUGUUUAGAGAAAUCAGUAAUUUACCGAGAAAACACACCUGUGGUACUUACCAAACAAAAACAAACUGGGGCUCUUGCCAUACAAAAACAAUCUGGGGCUCUUGCCAUACAAAAACAAUCUGAGGCUCUUGCCAUACAAAAACAAUCUGAGGCUCUUGCCAUACAAAAACAAUCUGAGGCUCUUGCCAUACAAAAACAAUCUGAGGCUCUUGCCAUACAAAAACAAACUGGGGCUCUUGCCAUACAAAAACAAUCUGAGGCUCUUGCCAUACAAAAACAAUCUGAGGCUCUUGCCAUACAAAAACAAACUGGGGCUCUUGCCAUACAAAAACAAUCUGAGGCUCUUGCCAUACAAAAACAAUCUGAGGCUCUUGCCAUACAAAAACAAUCUGAGGCUCUUGCCAUACAAAAACAAUCUGAGGCUCUUGCCAUACAAAAACAAUCUGAGGCUCUUGCCAUACAAAAACAAUCUGAGGCUCUUGCCAUACAAAAACAAACUGGGGCUCUUGCCAUACAAAAACAAUCUGAGGCUCUUGCCAUACAAAAACAAUCUGAGGCUCUUGCCAUACAAAAACAAACUGGGGCUCUUGCCAAACAAAAACAAACUGUGGUACUUACCAAACAAAAACAAACUGAUGUGCUACUUAGCAAACAAAAACUAACUGGGGCUCUUGCCAUACAAAAACAUACUGGGGCUCUUGCCAUACAAAAACAAUCUGAGGCUCUUGCCAUACAAAAACAAACUGUGGUACUUACCAAACAAAAACAAACUGGGGCUCUUGCCAAACAAAAACAAACUGUGUUACUUACCAAACAAAAACAAACUGAUGUGCUACUUAGCAAACAAAAACUAACUGUGGAACUUACCAAACAAAAACCGAAUGAGGUACUUCCCAAACCAUCUGUGGUACUUGCUAAACAAAAAAGUGAAACCAUAAAUAUGAGUGAAAGUAACAAGUCUGAAAACCCCAUGCCAUUGUGCUUGAAUGAAACAAGACUUUCUGAAAUUGCGUUUACUUGUUCAACUGACUCUAUGUAUAAGAACAUUGCUCUUAUAUCAUGCACAACUUCUGAUAUCCCUUAUAACAAUGCAAAACAUCACAAUAUACUUACCGAAAAAAUUCAAGACACCUUGGUGACUAAAUUAGCCACACUGUUAUUACCAAGCGCUAUUGUGAAAUCUGAAAAGAAGAGACUGAGAAAACUAACAAAAGUGAAUGUGUCACCCCAUGUUGAAACUAUCACAGAAACUAGAGAUACUUUGUUAGAAAACUGCACUGAUGCCCUGGGAAAAUCUCAACGAAUUAUUCAAGAAGUGAAAUGUUUACUUACUAAUAACAAGAACAUUCUAAGAUCCCUUUCAAAAUCAGAAAAGUACUUCCGCAACAAAGUAAGAGGACAAGAAAGAGCAAAAGUAAUUAGAAUGAAAGCAUCUAGAAACAAAAUGGAACAACACUUAAAAAACAACAGAUUUGUGCAGUAUUUUCUUACAAACACUCAGAAAUUUUCAAGUCGAAAACUUGGAAGGAAGAAAAGAAAGUUAACUUCAAAACAAGAAAAGCAUGUCCCUGACAAUAACUAUAGAACUACAGAAUCUAAGAAGCAUGUAUUCACAAAACCUGAUCUGGAAAAGUAUUUGUCUGACAACGCUGUAAGAGUACCACCAAUUGAAAAGAAUGAUUUCAAAAUCUUAAACACAGAGAAUACUGAAAUCAAAAACUGUUCAAACAGAAAACAACUGAAACGAUUCAAAUAUCUUAGUAACAACUCAGAUAUUGAUACAACUGAAAACUGUGAAAAUGUGUCGGACACUGAAGAUCCAUACUUUCUGAAAAUUGUGCAAGAAAUGGAAGAUAUUUUUAAUGAUAAUUCUCCACGUGUUCCACCAGUACUGAUUCAUAAUGAAACAUUUCCUACUGCAAACCAUAAAAAUGAACCUAAAAAGAAUGAGAUCCAACUAAACAAUGGCAAAAGAAACAAACUGUUUAAUGAAAAUGUAUGUACACAGUCAGAAUGUGGAGAUAUAGUUACAAAGUAUGAAGCUUCUCAAACAGGAGGUUACAAGCCAAAAAGUAAACCCAAGAGUAAGCCAUGUGAAAGUUCUGAUGAUGUAACUGUUUUGAAAGAAACUUUCUGCAGGCCAAUUGGAAAUUUUAAUCCCUUGCAAAACAUUGAGAAAGUUAAGCUAUGCAACAUCCAUCAUCUCAAGUAUACAUCAAAGAGCAAUGAUCCUGUAUAUAACAAUGUUGACAUUACCUUUAUGAAGCCAAAAUAUGAAUCCUUAAAACAUAUCACAGGUGAUGGAAACUGUCUCUUUAGAGCAAUUGCAUACGGUAUAACAAAUGAUGAAAAUGAUCACACUGCAAUUAGACAGAGCAUAGUGUGUCACAGAAAUGAUCAAAGCUGUAAAGAAUACAUUUGUAAAACUAGAGGAAUAACUGCAGCAGAGUUGGAAAUUCAUAUCAAAUCUAAAAAUAUGAACAGAUUUUCUGUUUGGGGAACUGAUAUUGAAAUAGCCACUGCUUGCCAUUUAUUCAAAACACAGAUACUAACAUAUGAAAACACAAAAAGAUGGGCAGUAUUUGGAAAAGAGUUUACUAACAGGUGUAUAUACCUUGAUCAUUCGAGUCAAAAUCAUUAUGAUGUUGUCACAGAUGUGAUUCAUGGAAAUGCAGACAUAAAUCCUGUUAAAGAAAAUACACCAAAAAUACAGAUCUUUGAUGAAGUCAUACAAGGAAACAUAUCUCAAAAUAACUCUAUGUUUGAUGGAAUUGGUGGUGGAAAGCAAUGUUUUGCAAAUUCAAUGUCAUUUUUACUAAUGCUUGAAAGUGAAACCAAUCACAAAAUUGAUGCUGAAUUUAUCACAGAUGUAUUAGUCCGAGGCAAUAUUCUGUAUACUAGCAUUAUAUCACAAAAUCCAACUCCAACAGGCUACCUUGAAAUAUUUGACAUUCCAGAAACCAUCAGUUUUAACAACAAAACUUAUAUAUACAAAUCAAGACAACUACAGGGCUACUUAGAAUAUUGGAAUUACAAUGAAGAAGAUGAUGACGGAUUAACUCUACAUGAAGCAAUUGAAAAAGUGCUCACAGAUUACAACUCAUGCCUUAUUACAUUCCUGAAUACAACAAUUUGUGUAAUGAAGAAAAAAGACAUGUAUUACUCAUUUGAUCCUCACAGUAGAGAUGAUCAAGGAAGAAUUGAUGUUUUAGGAAAUGCAAUAGUUCAUAUUUCAAAUUCAUUGGAAAGAAUGUCAUUAUUCUUAUGGAACACUGCUGAGUCUUUAACUGAUAGUUUAAUAAACAGAACUAAUGCUAAGCAUGGGUUUUCUGUUGAUGGUAUUAAGUUUGAAGAAUGUACAAGUUCUCAAAUACAAGAUCAAAACUCUAAACUAUCAACAAUAUCUAGCAAAAUGAAGUGUAGAAAUGACCUUGCAAAAAAUGAAGUAAAAAACCUUACUAGUAGUGAACCAUUCAACAUGUCCUCGAAGUCAGCUCAAGGGAAAUCUUGCAAAAGAAAAUUGAACUUGGAAAAUCUUGCUGCACAUCAAAGAAAAGAGUCUGAAAUUAUUGAACCACUAUCUGACAAUCAACAAAAUGCUGUUAAUUCAAUGAGCGUAGAAAUCAAACGAUCAUAUGUUGAUCUUUGUCAAUUAACAUGCAAAUCUGGACAGCUAGGUGCUGGAAAAUGUGAUGAAGCUUGGAUGCCAUGUACCAAAAAUACUGUGAAUGAUAAAGAAAACAUAUUUGACAGUAGCCUGUGUACAAAAGAUUUCCAAACUGCUAUUUUCUCAGAUAAAGAAAUGGCUAGAUUGAGAAAAAUGUCCAAGUCAGAUCAAAAGAAAUACAAGGCUAAUAUCCUCACCAAAAAAAGGUAUGCUAUUGAUGAAAACUUUAAAAAGAAAAAAUUGAAACAUGAUACAGAGAAAUAUGCAUCUACACCUGAACUCAAAGAUAGAAAGAAAUAUCUUAGUAAGCAUAGAUAUGAAACUGAUGAAGACUUUAAACAAAAGAAGCUUAACCAAAACAAACAAAGAUAUCAAAUUGAUGAAGACUUCAAACAAAGGAAGCUUAACCAAGGUAAAAAAAUAUAUCAAAAUGAUGAAGACUUCAAACAAAGGAAGCUUAACCAAAGCAAACAUCAAAGUAAACAAAGAUAUGAAAUUGAUGAAGAUUUUAAACAAAGAAAGGUAAACUUAGGUAAAAGUAAAUACAAAUGUGAUAUAGAUUUUAAAGCAAAAAUGAAGCAACAGAGUAAAGAAAAGUAUGAAUUUGAUCAAGACUUUAAAGAAAAAGUGAAACAACAGAGUAAAGAAAAGUAUGAAUUUGAUCAAGACUUUAAAGAAAAAGUGAAGCAACAGAGUAAAGACAAGUAUGAAUUUGAUCAAGAUUUUAAAGAAAAGGUGAAGCAACAGAGUAAAGAAAAAUACGAAUCUGAUCAAGACUUCCAACAAAGAGUGAAAAAACAAAGUAAACAACAGAGCAAACAAAAAUAUGACACUGAUGAAGCCUUCAAAAAAGUAAAAUUAUCCAAGGCAAAGAAAAACACAUUACCAAAAAGACUCAACGAGAAAAUAUUGAUAGAGUAA